GGAGAAGGUGGCGCAAUGUUGAGUGUCCACAGGGGAGCUGGUAGGAGGCGGUGCGGUGAUGAGUGUCUGCAGGGGAUCCUGUGGGAAGGCAGUGCAGUGGCCGGUCUAAUUGAAGCCAACGGAGAACUCAAGGUCUUCAUAGACCAGAACCUCAGUCCCGGAAAAGGCGUGGUGUCCCUCGUGGCCGUUCACCCCUCCGCUGUCAACCCGCUCGGGAAGCAGCUCUUGCCAAAAACCUUUGGACAGUCCAAUGUCAACAUUGCCCAGCAAGUGGUAAUUGGUACGCCUCAGAGACCGGCAGCGUCAAACACCCUGGUGGUAGGAAGCCCACACACCCCCAGCACUCACUUUGCCUCUCAGAACCAGCCUUCCGACUCCUCACCUUGGUCUGCCGGGAAGCGCAACAGGAAAGGAGAGAAGAAUGGCAAGGGCCUGCGGCAUUUCUCCAUGAAGGUCUGCGAGAAGGUGCAGAGGAAAGGGACCACUUCCUACAACGAAGUGGCGGACGAGCUGGUCGCGGAGUUCAGUGCUGCCGACAACCACAUUUUACCAAACGAGUCAGCUUAUGACCAGAAGAACAUAAGACGGCGCGUCUACGAUGCCUUAAACGUGCUGAUGGCCAUGAACAUCAUCUCCAAGGAGAAGAAGGAGAUCAAGUGGAUUGGUCUGCCCACCAACUCUGCUCAGGAGUGUCAGAACUUAGAGGUGGAAAGACAGAGGAGACUUGAAAGAAUAAAACAGAAACAGUCUCAACUUCAAGAACUUAUUCUACAGGUAAGAGAAUACGUAUCUUUGGAGGCAGGGUAAUUUUUAUUUUACUAAUUUCGUUUUAUAACAGCAACAUACUGCCUUGGGUUACGCUCCUGUGUGGCAAAUCAAAUGACUGCUUUAAGAUUCUGAGUGUGAGUUAAUCUCAUAGGUGUUGAAUGUGGGCCGUGUUCCCAGAGCGAGGUU